AUGAAAUUGACAUCAUUAUCUCGUUUAAAACUUAUUAAUAUUGCAAUAUUCUUAUCAAUUCUUACAAUUUUAUGGAGUUUAGCUGAAGGGACAGUCUCAGUGUUUUUCGGUGCAGAACAUGAAUCAGUCAGUUUGCUUUUUUUUGGAAUUAAUUCUUUCGUUGAAGUUGCUUCUUCAUGUGUGGUGUUAUGGAGAUUUUUGAAAAAAGGUUCAGGCUUUCAUAAAGAAGGUUCUACUGAUAACUUAAUAGCUAUUGAAAGAAAGGCAACAAUUGUAAUCGGUACAUUAUUUGCUAUACUUGCUAUUGGAACAUUUGCGGACGCAAUUUAUACUUUAGUGAAAAAUGGAAAACCUGAUACAGCUUUGGCAGGUUUAAUCAUUUCAUCUAUUUCAAUAUUUUUUAUGGCACUUCUUUGGUUUUCAAAACUCUUAAUUGCUAAACUGCUUAAUUCUUCGUCAAUGAUGUCUGAUGCAAAGUGUACUCUAUCAUGUAUUAAAGUUACCCUUGUUAUAUUUUUUGGUAGCUUGAUCUAUUCUGUUUGGAGUGGUGGUUGGUGGAUAGAUUCUGCUUCUGCUUUAAUUUUAGGGUUAUUUUUUGCAAAAGAAGGAAUAGAAAUGAUUCUUUGGGCGAAAAGUAAAGAUUUCGAUGGUGGUUGUUGUAAAAAUGAUUCCGUCAAAAAUAAUAACCGUGAUGAUAAUUAUUGUGGGAGUAUUAAUGAUUGUAAUAACAAAGAAUGUAAAAUCACAAUAUCAUCUUGA